GUGGAUCUCCCACUCAUUUAAGAGUCAGGCCGAGCCAAGAGCUCACUCGAGCACGGCACACAGGAAAACACACACAUCUGGAUCUGCUUUUCUGGAGGAGUGAGAUAUCUAUAGAAACAUGGGGAGCAAUGAAGUACCAACAUCAUCCCUCCUUCCCACAAUCCCUACGAACGUCUCCAGCAACAACCUCACCAACGACUCCCAUUGUGCGCAUUGGGAAAAGUGGGACUGGCUGUACAUCAUGCAGCCAACUUACAUGUUCAUCAUCUGCGUGCUGGGAAUCCUGGGAAAUGUCUUCGUCCUGCUGGUCUUCAGCCUUCAUAAGAAAGCGUGUACGGUGGCGGAAAUCUACUUGGGGAAUCUAGCGGCCGCUGAUCUCCUGUUGGUCUUGUGUUUGCCGUUCUGGGCUAUCAACAGCAUCGAUGGGUUUAACUGGCGAUUCGGCUUGGUCAUGUGCAAACUAGUCAACACCGGCAUCAGAAUGAACAUGUUUUGUAGUAUUUACUUACUAGUGUUGGUAAGCGGCGACCGCUACAUCGCACUCGUCCAUGCUUUAUCGCGUGGUAGAAUGAGGCGACAGCGGUGCGCCAAGCUCAACUGCGUCGCUGUUUGGGUUUUUGGAUUAAUCCUAAGCAUCCCCACGCUUCAUUUCCGGGAAACUCAAUUCAUCCCGGAGCUGAACAUCACGGCUUGUAUUCUGAACUAUCCGAACCUCAACAUCGGCCUCGCUUGCGACAUUCUUCUAAUCUUGUUAAGCUUCAUCGUCCCAUUUUUGGUGAUCUCCUACUGCACGCUGAAGAUCAUUCGAGCUCUGCGCGACCAGGUCGUCGACCGCUUCAAUGCGGAAAACACUGAAAGGAAAGCCACCAUCCUGGUUCUGGUGGUGCUGAUGGUGUUUCUCUUGUGUUGGGUGCCGUUCCACAUCGUGACUUUCAUAGAUAUCAUGAUGCGCUCCGGCGUCUUCGGCGGAUGCGACUUUGUAACCGCCGUGGACGUCUCCAAUCAGAUAUUCACCUACUUGGCUUUGAGCAACAGCGUGUUGAACCCCAUACUCUACGUGAUCGUGGGCAAGAACUUCAGGAAGAAGGUCAAAGAGCUGAUGAAGCAGCUUACGGAGAAAAAAAAUGAUUCGACAGGCAGUUCUACAAGAUCACAGCUCUCGGCGACCUUAAAGACCGUCACCACAUUUUAAGAACAUUACCGUAUUUUCCGGUGUAUAAGUCACACUUUUUUUCAUAGUUUGGCUGGUCCUGCGACUUAUAGUCAGGUGCGACUUAUUUAUCAACAUUUAUUUGAUAUGAACCGAAUGAA